UGAGGGCUUCGUCCUUAGUGUCAUUCAAAGCUAAAAAUUCAUAGCGUAUACACACGAUAAUUUAGUGCUCUUCGAAAUCAAAACUCCAGGUGGAAAAAGGCAAUAGUCUUAAGAUUUCAGUGUCGAGAAGCAUCUAUCAGAGGAGUCUUAUCGAAGGAAAUAUUCAUAUGGAAAAGGAGACUGGUAUGGCAAGCAAAAUAGGAAAAAAGUUUCGUAAAUGGGCCUGUUUUGGAACUAAAUCCCGGGGUGAAGCGUACCGCAAUCAGCCACGUAUCUUCGUGACCGAGUGCCCAAGCCCGACGACCCCGCCCUCAUCCCGCUCAAACUCCAGCAGCUCAGCCUACGAGGAAGAAGAGACGGCGGAGAUCUCCAUCCGCACGGGGGGCAAGAUACACCCAAUGGGAAUGAAGAUCACCCCUCGGUACAGAUGCGAUCAUUUCAGACCAGGUGACGGCCGACAUGCUAUGAUCUCUGUCGCUCAUGUAGAGGUCGGUUUGUUCGCGCAUGGAUUUGGUUUGAGACCGGGGGAUGUCAUCCAUAAAGUGAAUGACAGGGAAUGCUCUGGAGUGCAAGAUACGAAGAACAUAUUUUGGAGUGUGAAUAGCACCGACCUUAGAUUGGAAAUUCUUAGAAAAGUAAAGGAUCACAGAACGGGAAAAACAGAGUUGAAGAAAAUGAUCAUUGGCAACAAUAGCGACGUAUCCACACUGGAGAUCAUACAAGUAGUGGAGGUCGAGUCUUCUUGGUCCUUGAGCGGCCCCGAGACGUUUCUCCACACAGGGGACCCACGAAGAGUGUACUUGCAGUUUAACUGUACUGACUACCCCACUGUCAUAUACGACGAGCACCAGGGGCUGGUUCUAGACGACCAUCUAGCAAUACAAGAAAGUCAAGGGCGGGCGUUGUUCAAGAUGCAUAUCUAUGAAUCGUUGUCGUGCGACGCUGGCAUAACUGUUAUCCUGCAACAUGAAGCGAGUGGCAGAUGCGUGGCGGUCGUCAAUGAGUCGGUCAUAAUGAUGGAACCUGUGGAUCUUGAAAUGGUGACGAGUGAGCACAGCGCGUUCCUGUUCAAGAUGCAUAUCCCUGAAGGUCAACCAAGCUGUAAUUGCACCUUCCGCUCCCUUGUACAAGCACAUGACGGCAAAGCCCUCUACCUCGGCUUCCAGGCCUACGGGGGACGAGUCGAGGGGUCCGCCAUCGCCGUCCAUGUGAACGAGCAGAGAGUGAAUGGACACGUCCUCGAGUCACCACAACGCAAUGAAGUCUUGUUCACACUUAUAAAGGCAUGAAGGCUGCACAAAUCACUGAAGUCUGGUUCACCGUAUAGAGGCAUGAAGUCUGCACACAAGUCAUAAAGUCUUGUCCACACGUGUAAAGGAAUGAAGUCUGCACAAGUCAUAAAGUCUUGUCCACAAACUCGUGAAGUCUGCACAAGUAUGGAGUCUGGUUCACACGUACAGAGGCAUGAAGCAUUCACAAGUCAAUGAAGUCGGGUUCACACAUAAAGAGGCAUGAACUCUUGUCGUUUUCACAAGCAAUGAAGUCUUGUUCACACGCAUAUGACGCAUAUAGAAAUAAAGUCUCAACAAAUCCUAGGCAUAAAGAAAGCUGGAAAAUGUGAUGUCGGGUACACACGCAUAGUGUCAUAAAGUCUGCAAUAAAGUCUUGUUCACACUAAUAGACGUGAACCACAGCUAAGAGUCUGCACAAGACUAGAGGUAAAUAGAUAUAAUAGAGUUUCACGCAUAGUGUUGUCCACACUGUGGCAUAGGUAAAAAGUCUCCCUGCAUCGGUUUGGAUAUAACAGUGCCGUAGCAGGCUUCGAAAUAUUGGGGGCAUGACACAGAAACAUUAAGAAAAAAUUAGGAGGCACAUCCACGCCCAUUUUCUUAUAAGUUUUGAAAAUAUAUAUAUAUAUAUAUAUUUUUUUUUUUGGGGGGGGGGGGGGGAGGGGCUGCAUAAGAUAAGGUUACCAUGCAUUGAUCUAUGGUGACAUAGUUAGUAUUAUUACCAGUGAUAGUCGGAUAAACUUUGUCUUUGAAUCCUGUUGUUAUUUAUGAGGGCAUUAAACCUUCGAGACUGCAAAAUAUGAUUUAGGUCAUUAAUUUAUUGAUAGAGUAACAAAAAAGCCCGAGGGCCGCCUUUUUUAGAUGAUAUUAUUUUCUAUUGCCGUCUUUGUUUUAGAAUUCCGAAGUUAAUUCUUCAACUUAAAGUCAACAGAGCUAAAUUAUUUGAUACAAUAUAGAAAAUGAUAAAAACAUCAAAAAAUUUUUAUUUCUCAACCAACUUACAUGUACGUUACAUGUUAUUUGGCGACGUUAACUUGUAUAAAGUUAAAGCGAGUGCCAAGAGGGUAUUGUUGGGAUACAGAGCAGUAACUGUAGAUUAAAGAAACUCAGUCAGCCACUUUUUUGUUAUUGUUUUUCUUCAUCAAUGGAAGAUAAAUUAUGUAGCAACUUAUUGAAUAUUCCAUUAAUCAAAUUCAUUCGAUAAUAUUGCAAUAUAACUUAUUUAGUCGUUGGAAAUGCAUGCUUUAUCUUGGUAUGAUGUUAAAAUAACAAAAUGGCAACUGAAAGAGUUUCUUCAAGUAUUAUAUACCAACAAAGGCAUUAGUGCUUUUGUGGUGAUGAUGGUGGUUUUGAAGGAGGCUGCCACGUUUAAAAGCAAAUAACACUGUUUUUGUAUGUCUUAUGGGUAUAAUUAAGGAAGCAUUCCGUAGCCAUCAUCACUUCAAAUGCCCAGCCUUUUAAUGUUUCUUUUUGUAAAAGAGUGUUGUUACAGUGACAUAUAUUUGAAAGUCCGAUAUUCGAUUUAAUUUAGGGAUGUUGCUGUAGUCCGUGUUUAAAAAGGAUAAAUAAACUAAUUUUUCUA